AACGCGAAAAUCAUAAGAACUAUGUCUGUCUUUCGAUUUUUGUUAUUUUUAUCGCUUCUUGUUGGCUCAAAUGCUUUUGUAAAGCCGCAAUACAAUGUCACUGGACAAAUUGAUUCUGCUCUCCAAAGAUUUUUUGGAAUAACACUUCCUUCACUAAAAAUACCGGAUCUCCUGAAUCCCGAUAAAAAAAGAAAUCCUCCAUCGAUUCAAAAUCGGAUUCCACAAGGCAAUUUGAUUAAUAUCGGUCUUCCUACGAUUAAAUUACCGAACUUAAUUCCUACUGCACUUCCAGUUAUUAAACUUCCGACAAUAAAAAUCCCGAAUAUUCUUCCAACUCUUCCAACAAUCAAGGUUCCCACCAUAAAAAUCCCUGACAUUAUUCCUAUCACCUUACCAACAAUUAAAAUUCCAGAAGUAGUUCCAACAAAUCUACCCACUGUAGAAAUUCCUCAUUUCAUACCAAAAACAUUGCCCACGGUUAAGAUUCCCAACAUAAUUCCAACAAAUUUUCCAACCAUUGAAACACCGGAUAUAAUACCAAAAAUACUUCCAACUAUCAAAAUUCCUGAAAUUAUUCCUUUAACUUUACCUACUGUCAAAAUACCAGAUAUAAUUCCUAUUACCUUACCAACAAUUAAAAUUCCAGAAAUAGUCCCAACUAAACUACCCACUGUAGAAGUACCCGAUACUAUACCAAAAACUCUUCCAACUACUAAGAUCCCCGAUAUUGUUCCAAUUACCUCGCCAACAGUAAAAAUUCCUCAGAUAAUCCCUACUAUCAAAAUUCCGGAUAUUAUUCCUAAAAAUCUGUCAACUUUGGGGCCAAUUAAACUUCCAACCAUUAAGCUUCCAACGCUUCCACACAUUCUACCAACAAAGUCCCCAAAACCAACUCCGUCUCAUAAGGGAAAUAUGGUUUGCGAUAUUUGCGAGAAAGUGAUCGGUGUUCUUACCACAAGACUUCUUGAAAUUAUACAAAAGUUUAGAGUGGAAGCUGAUAAAUUCCUUACGAAACUCUGCACGUCUUUAACAAGCAAUCCGAAAACUCUCACAGUUGGGACCAUGUGUGUUAUGUUCAAAGGAAAUAUUAUGGACACAAUUUUCAAGGGAUUCGAUGGACUUAAGAAGAAUCUUGAACCAGUUUCAUUUUGUAAGCACGUACCUUUCUGUAAAUAAUUGUUUUCUGUCAAUUAUCAACUUGUUUCUCAUAAAAUUAUUUUAAUACAAA